ACACAUUCCAGAAAGCGAGAGUCAAGAGACAGUCUCAAGGUUGUCGAAAGCGGCACUGAGCUGAUGGUCUUCGUAUCGUCUCUUCUCUCUUUCUUCUACCUUGAAACUGCGCAAUGGAUGCCACCAUCUCAACCCUUCGAGAUCUCCUAACAAACUCCAGACACACGAAAUGGAUCGCACCAUUAAUAUUACUUGGGGAGACAGCAUUAUGCGGACUGAUCAUUUGGAAGAUCCCAUACACCGAGAUCGACUUUACAACCUACAUGGCCCAAGUCCGCAUGUACCUAGAUGGUGAACGGAACUACAACAAAAUCACCGGACCUACCGGGCCUCUCGUCUACCCAGCCCUCCAUGUAUACAUCUAUACGGCCCUUUACUACCUCACAGAUGAAGGAACCAACAUCCUCCGGGCUCAGAUCAUCUUUGCUGGCCUCUACCUGAUCACUCUGGCCGUGGUGAUGGCGUGUUACACACGAAUAGGAGCGCCCCCGUGGCUACUGGUGCCGCUGGCACUGAGCAAGAGAAUGCAUUCUAUAUUUUUACUGAGGCUGUUCAACGACUGUUGGGCAACGCUCGCACUCUGGAUAGCAAUCUAUCUGCUACAGAGAAGAAAGUGGACAACAGGAGCCAUGAUCUGGGCACUGGGUUUGGGUGUCAAGAUGACCCAUUUAUUGGCUGCUCCUGCCAUGGGAGUCAUUCUGCUACAGGCUGAAGGUACAAAGAGGGCGGUUGUGAAUGGCCUCUUCGUCUUGCUAGUCCAUCUGAACCUGGCCAUACCCUUCCUGACAGCAGGGUAUGGUCUUCAGUAUCUUGCACAAGCUUUCGACUUUGGUCGACAAUUCCUCUUCAAGUGGACAGUCAAUUGGAGGUUUGUGGGCGAGGAGACUUUUUUGUCUCGACAGUUCACCGUCAGUCUCUUACUUGUUCACAUAUCCCUGCUCUUCCUGUUCUUCCAAACCAAAUGGGUCAAACCAAGUGCUUCGAACCUAGUCGACUUUGUCAAGAAGUACGCUUUGUCCGUUGGAGAGCUUGAUCCGGUCCAAGUGUCGAGGAAAAUCACCCCAACCUUUGUCAUGGAUGCUGUUCUCGCAAGCAUUGCCAUGGGUCUGUUGUGUGCUCGAAGCUUACACUAUCAAUUCUUUGCGUAUCUCGGAUGGGCAACCCCGUAUCUUUUGUGGAGGGCCGGAGGAGGACCUGUAUGGAUAUUGAUCAACUGGGCGAUUCAGGAGUAUUCGUGGCUCGUCUAUCCUAGCACCGACCUGAGCUCGGUGACUGUGGUGUUUGUGCUGGCAAUCCAGGUCAUGUGCCUUCUUAUUGCGCCUCCAGUCGAUCACAUUUCUCCGUCAAGACCGUCCAAUAGGAUCAAGUAGGUAGGUACAGAAGAACAGACAUCAAUGUCCAUCAGUUAUCAUCCUCUUCGCUGUCUGACGGAGGCAUUUUUCCGACCAGCGAUUCCUCCUCGUCACUGUCUACGGGUCGUGGCUUUUGAGCAAACUGCGCAGGCCAAUAUGACUGUUUCCGCCAUGUCUUCUCAUCUCCAACAAUGUUCACGAUCUCGCCUUGAAUUUUGUUCUCCCGAUCGGUUGUGGAAGUAUCGAUGAGGACAUAUCCGCCUCUUUUGACAAAGAUUGUACCGCGGAAUUUGGCCUCGAGUUCGACCAGGAGUUCGGAUCCGUCUGGUGUCUUGACCGAAUAGAGAUCUUUGCCUUGAGCCUUGAUGACACGUGCGAGCGUCUGGCGGGGAGACAGAGAGUCAGGCGGUGUCAAAGUUUCUUCGGCAGUAUUGCGAAUCUUCCGGCGAGACAUGGUGCGAUCUAUGAGAUGCCAUAUGAG